UCCCGAUAAACAGCUUCGGCUUCCCGCCGAGCAGCGCCAGCUGAGGGCGGCGGACGGAGCUCGGACAGACCGCAGGAAGGGGACUGGUCUCCCGCGAAGCGCCCGUCUUCACAGAUGUGGGGUCUCUCCACCCAUGGCCCCCUCAAGGUGACCUCCAGCGACCUCAGUCACUCCUGACUGCAGCUUUAAACUUCUGAUCCACCAGAAGACGUCUGCAGGAUGCAGUGUGAGGAGGGCACAGAGUGGCUGCUGGAGUUGCUCACAGACGUGCAGCUGCAGCAGUACUUCCUGCGGAUCCGUGAUGAGCUCAACGUCACGCGACUCUCCCACUUCGACUACGUCAAGAAUGAAGACCUGGAGAAGAUCGGCAUGGGACGCCCGGGUCAGAGGAGGCUCUGGGAGGCCGUCAAGAGGAGAAGAGCCUUGUAUAAACGCAAGUCCUGGAUGAGCAAGGUGUUUCCAGUGAAACGGCCUGAUGCGGAACCUCAGCAGCCCCUGCCUCAGGGGGCGUCGUCCAGCGCGGCUUCGGCCAAUAGCGAGUCUGGAGCCUCGCUCACCUGCCUGAUCAGAGAGUCGGAGCUGCAGCUGUUUGAGCGGCUCGGAGACGGCACGUUCGGGGUGGUGCGGAGAGGAGAGUGGACCGGACCCAACGGCAGAGUGUUGUCAGUGGCUGUGAAGUGCCUGAAGGCAAGCGUGUUGGACUCAGACGGUCUGGAUGAUUUCAUCCGAGAGGUGAACGCCAUGCAUUCACUGAGCCACCAGAACCUCAUCCGCCUGUAUGGCAUCGUCCUCACACAGCCCAUGAAGAUGGUGGCCGAGCUGGCCCCUCUAGGUUCCCUGCUGGAUCGUCUCAGAAAGCGGCAGGGUCACAUCCUCAUCUCUUCUCUGUGUAACUACGCUGUACAGGUGGCAUGCGGCAUGGCCUACCUGGAGCAGAAGCGGUUCCUCCACAGGGACCUGGCUGCUCGCAACGUUCUGCUGUCCACCAACGACACGGUGAAGAUCGGAGACUUUGGCCUGAUGAGGGCACUGCCAACACACACCGACCAAUACAUCAUGGAGGAGGGCCACAAAAUCCCUUUCCCAUGGUGUGCUCCAGAGUCCCUGAAGUCUCGUACUUUCUCUCAUGCAUCUGAUACCUGGAUGUUUGGGGUCACCCUGUGGGAGAUGUUCACCCACGGACAGGAGCCGUGGCUGGGCCUUAAUGGGAGCCAGAUCCUCCACAAGGUGGAUGUGGAGGCCGAGAGACUGUGUAAACCAGAAGACUGUCCUCAGGAUAUCUACAACGUCAUGCUGCAGUGCUGGAGUCCAAAACCUGAGGACAGACCAACCUUCAUCGCCCUCAGAGACUUCCUGCUGGAGACUCUGCCUACAGACAUGAGAGCGCUGCAAGACUUUGAGGAGGAAGACAAGCUCCAGAUUAAAAUGAACGACGUCAUCACCAUCAUAGAGGGAAGGGCAGAGCACUACUGGUGGCGAGGUCAGAACAGGGGCACGCUGCGUGUCGGUCAGUUUCCUCGUCACGUGGUGACGGCAGUUGCCGGUCUGUCCGCCCAGGACAUCAGCCGACCGCUCAAACACUCCUUCAUCCACACUGGGCACGGAGACACGGACCCUCACAGGAGCUGGGGACAUGCAGAUCGUAUAGACAGUCUGUAUUUGGGAAACCCCAUGGACCCUCCUGAUGUUCUUGGAAUGGACUCGGGCACCGCGAGGCCGACCAAACUCCCCAACCGUGCCAAGAAGCAACCUCCUCCUCGUCCACCUCAACCGGCCGUUCUGCUGAAGAAGCCGUUCUAUGACUCUGUGAUGGAUGAUUACGACGACGAUGACGACACCAGUGCUUCGUCGGGUCUGAAGAGGCGGGGGGUGUCCCUGGGUCUGAAGUUCCGGCCGUGGGAGGGGUCCGGCAUGCGCUCGGCCAAAAGCGAGGUGUCGCUCAUUGACUUCACUGAUGACAGCUUCAGCUCGACCACGCCCUCGCCGCUCACUGAGACCCGGCAGCCAGAUGAUGACACACUGAAGGACACUCCCUCCAUAUUGGACUGGCCUCUCCCUCAGCCAGCUUACGACGAGGUUGCUACGGAGCUCGACGACCAAUCAGAGGACCAGGAGGUGCGGUCUAUCAACAAGGGGUUAACUGAAGAGACCGCCGCCCCGCCAAGCGGCACUAUGGCGGGCAGGAGUGAGUCACAGUCAGCUGACCUCUUCCAAGAGCUGCAGCGAGAGGUGAUGGUGAAGCUGCAGGUUCCCAUGGCAACAGGCCGCUCCCUCCCAUCCUCACCUCUCCCCAUGCCUCUGGCUCCUUUGGGCCCUCAUCGACAGAUCUGCCUGCCACCUCCCUCCCCCUCCUCCACUUCCUCCUCCUUCACCUCCUGUUUUGAGGACCGGCCGGUGUUGCCUCCUCGCAGCCCCGUCCCCCCGCUGCGUCCCUCCAAACACAACCUCUCCACCUGCACCACCCACCCGCAGGCGCGCUCCAGCUCCAUCUCCCUGGGCGACCAUGAAGACACACCUCCUCAGAUCCCACCCAGAGACCAUGCCUUCUCUCAGCCGGGCUCCCGCUCCUCCUCUCCCCUCCCAUUGGUACCGCCGCUAUCCUCCUCCCCCAUGGCCCUGCCUCCUCCUCCCCUCUCCAUAUCCCCACGGCGGGCGUCUGGACUCCUGGGCCCGCUUCUGUCCUCCAACACGUCCACCUCCUCCCUGCCUCAAGUCACAUCACAUUCCUCACGGCUCACGGCUCGCGGCUCCUCCUACUCAUCCAGCUCCUUACUAGAUCCUCUUGCCUUCCGUGAGGGGCGUGGCCUUUCCUCACUGAUUGACAGCUCUCAGAACUCUGCUCCCGCCCCACUGUCCGAUCGACCUGCUUUUCUGGAAAGAUACGGAGCAGCCAACAUGGCUGCAGUCAAACCCAUCAUGCAGCAGCCCGGCGGAGCCAAACCAAACUCCUCCUACAACAACAACAAUGGCCGAACCGCAGCUCCCAGCAUGCAACAGGAGCAGAGCAUCACACAGGUCCAAGGAGCAGUCCAUGGUGUCACGCUGGAGGAGUGUCAGGCAGCUCUGCAGAGUCACAACUGGAGCAUCCCUCAGGCCAUAAAUCAUUUGAAGGUGGAGCAGUUGUUUCGUCUGGGCCUGCGGUCGAGAGCCGAGUGCGAGGAGCUUCUGCAGCGCUGCCAGUGGAACCUGGAAGAGUCCAGCACUCUCAUGCUGGACACGUACGGACCACAUCGAAACAUGAAGUGACAGCAGGAGAACUUCAACGACUGACGAGCUCCUGAUGCCAUUUAGAUCGACACCCCCAUACUGACCUGUUGCCUGGAUGACUCAUCGUUUCGAGGACUUGAGACACAGUGACGCUGUUUGAUGAAUGGAGGAACAUAAGGCAGCAUAUGUGCCUCGCUUACGUACUGUGGAUACACGCUACUACAUGUGUCAUACACAUGCAUGCUAAUGAUUAGCUAACAGAGCAUCCUGUUGA